CAUCCUUCACCAGCCUCCAGAAACCGCAUAAAGCCAAGCUCUGCUCCUUCAUCUUAACGUGUCUGGGUGGCUGACACUGAUCCACGGGACUGUUCCAACCUAGAGCCUUCUCUUACCUGUGACAGCACCUCCCAGCCCGCCUUCUGCCAUGAAAAUCCUUUGCUUGCUCUUGGCGCUCUUCUUUGUGGCAGUUCAUGCAGCUGCAGACUUUCCCCGUCCUCGAAAGAGUCUUAUGCGAUGUGGUUAUCGUGGGACCUUCUGCAUCCCUGGGAAAUGCCCUCGUGGGAAUGGUUAUCUGGGGCAGUGCCGUGCUGGGCAUUCUUGCUGUAGAUGGUAA